UAUUCAAAAUGGCUGCGCCCAUGACGUCCGAAAACAUGUCUAAUCCAAACAGUGAUGAAGAAUCCGACGAAACAGACCUCUUAUCGCCGAAUUUCAACCCCCUUAAAGCAUUGUACUCGUCUAGAGUGCAAUUGCCUUUCCCCAAAGCAACAAUUUUCAACAAUUUGCGGGAGUAUGAACGGAUUACAGCCGCGGGAAAUCGGAGCGACGGCGGCGGCAGUCAUGGGCAUGGCAGUGGCAGAGGCCGGGGAAUUGAAGCCGGCGGAGGUGGGAGUGGUGGUUUAUCUUCUUCACGAAGAAAGCAGAAAGUUGAAGUCCCUCUUGGGAGAGGUUUCCGAGCAACGGAGGAAAUGCUUAUCGACACCGCCAAGAAGAAACAAACCAUGCUCAGAAAUGUUCUCACCAGAAUGUCAGAAUUCUCCUCAGGGCCCUUGUCUGUGCUGUAUCGCUGCAUGAAUGAACGCUGCAAAGUCCGUGUCUGCACCAGGUCCUUCAAGGGACUGCGGAGUAUCUGCACAGGUUACUUGGUCACCUUUGACAAGUUCUUCAACAUGGCUCUGGUAGAUGUGGAUGAAGUGUGGAGGAAACCUUCUACUGGUCAACGAUUUUACCAUGAAGAGAAAAUGACCUUUUCUAAGAUAUUGAAAUGUUCCAGGACACCUGUGUCAGAGGAUUCAAUGCAAAGGGUUGAAUCAAGGACAGAGCAAGCAGAGGAGGGGGACCAGUCGAGAAAAGAAGGUAACACUUCUGAGAAGGGACCCCGGUUGUCUGAAAAGCAUCACAGAGAUGGAACCACAAAAGAGUCACCUGUGAUACCCAAACUUAAAGACAGAGGACAUGUUGGAACAAAAUCAUCUUCAAUAUCUCAGGGUGGAGAUGGACGACGCUCGGAGAAGGAUUCCAGGAGGCACAGACACAAAGACGAGGAGGAAGUAUCAAAAAGUAGAAAAGGGGAGAAAUCGUCGCACAAAGAUCCAGUGGUGUCUGAGGAGAAAGACAGCAAGAAGUCCCAGGAAUCGGACCUCAGUGAAGGCGACGGGGACGAAGAAAUUGAAGAUCUCCGACAGCGCCUCGCCGCCCUGCAAAAAGAACUGACCUCGCUCUCGGAUGACAAAGGUGAAAGUGAAAGGAGGUCACCAAAGACGGAUGUGACGACGGGAGACAGAGGAGUCACAGACAAACGGCUUGCUGAAUUAUACAAGGACUUAAAUUCCUCUUCCGAUGACGAGGGGAGAGUUCAGGCGAAAGAGAUGGAUGAAACGGUUGAAGAGACAAGAACCAAAAGCAGAGAAACUCAUUCUGGAGAUGGUGAAAGGACUGUUCCGUCAACAGCCAGCCAAUGCCACCAACAAGGCAGCACAGUAAUGAUUGAAGGGUCAGCAGAGGUCGGAGUUCAGAAAUCGGGUCAAGGCAUCAAAGGAGAUAGUUCAAAAGGAAGGGGCGAUGGUCACCAAAAAGACGCGGCCCAUGAGACCACAGAACAAUCGAUUAAAGCCCUGAGCAGUAGUACAAAGGUCAAACAGACUGAAAGCAAAGACAGUACUAGUGCAAGUAUAAAGCGCGGCCGACUGAAGAUAAAGGCCGAAGAGUUUCAAAGACGACAUGUUAAUCAGUUGUUCAUCAGGGGCGAUAAUGUUGUGCUUGUUUCUGUUGAUAGUAUCUUGCUUCCAAAGUAGGAAGAUAAAUUACAAUAAAACAUGUUUAUUUUUUUUAUAUUCAUUCCAAAUGAAAUAUUUGUGUUCUUUCUUUAACAGUACUGUUUAUAUUACAGGCAUGAUUUAGGGUUUCAAGGAACAAAAAUUACAAAUCUGUAACUGAUAAGUAAAAUCGAAUAAAAACAACAGAAGUGUUGUCAGCACAGA